GUAACAGAUGUUCUAUUUUUCCCCCCCAAAUCAUUACGCUCGUGCUUUAAGCUAGUUCUAAUCUCGGUCUGGAUUAGGCUUGGCUGAAUAUUUGGACCGACGCCUUCACCGAAGGCGUCAGUCAAAAUAUUCAGUCGAGCCGAAUCUCAACCGAGAUUAAGCUAGCUAGUUCAUAAUCCGUUCAUAGUCAAUGUGAACAGAUUGUGUCGCGCGCUGAAAUAUGGUUGGUUCAUAGAGGAAAAUGCGAUUUGUAAUAUAAAUAUACGUGUAUAUUCACGAAACUUUCGCGUUAUAACGCGAUAGUUAUGAGUUUAUUCGCGAAUUCUAGGAAUUUUUACGCAAAAGCUGAGCGUUUAUUUGCGAACAUUUCUGAACGCGUAUUUAUUUAUUAUUUACUAUGAAAAUGGGCUUUCAUAGUUUUGAAAUAUCUAAGUUUUUUUUUUAUCAUUAUUUCUCAUACUUCCCAUAUAUUGCCAUGUAAAAUAAGGCCCAACCCAGGCUCAUGAUUUGAAUAAACUCGAAUCAAUCAAUAUCUGAUAAAAACAGCAGGACCAUAAUCUACGAAAGCCUAUUAGUAUCAUAUAAAAAAUAAAUUUACACUCCCCUAUCACGUUAUUACGAAAAAAAUAUUUCGUAAUUACGAGAAUAGAUCUCGUAAUUACGAGAUAAUUAUCUCGUAAUAUCGAGGAAAAUCUCGGCUGAGAUUUGGCUCGGCUGAAUAUUUGGACAGGACGCCUUCACCGAAUCUCGGAGCAGUCCUUCAUCUGAAAAACAUUCAUCUUCGGUCGUCUAUAUUAUAAUAAUAUGUACAUACAUGUACAGUAUGCUCUCAUCUCGAAUCGGACAAUAACUAGCCUCGUCUCGGGUAUUUCAGAUAAGUGGAACUAUUGUUUUUCUUUUUUUAAUCAAAUUCAAACAUGACUGCAUGAUUAGUUAAAAAAAAAAAAAAAAAAAAAAAAAGCCCCUAUGUAAACCAUAUUAUGCCAAGAACCGGGGCGUUUUGAUCCCACCGGUUACAUUUCCUUAUUACACAGUCAAAACAAUGUCACGGAAGAAUUUCCUCGUAUUAUUUCCUUCUCGAAAAGUAUGGCGGAUUUCAAAAGCUCACAAGAAACAUGCAGUUUACAUGAUUCAAGAAAUGACAUAUACUAUUGUUCGUAGAGAAACGCUGGAUGCAGGCCGUGAAAGUUGAGCAUAAGUCAAAGUGAAAGUAGAAUCUAAAUAUAGAUUGCUUUGUCAGGGUUUUUUCCCAAGAAAGUCCAGAGACAACCAGAAACAAAAUAAAAGUAAGAAGACUGUCAGAGUAAAAGAUAGGUAGCCAACUGGAAUAGAGCAGACGUGUCUGGGGCACAACUUUUAUCCUUUGACAUAGCAGAAGACAUCCACAAUGGCGGAGGAAUCAAAAGACCCUGAUGAUCAACCUCUUAGUGAUAUAUAUGAUUCACAAACAUUAGAACAAAUUCUGACAGAAAUUCGUGGAACAUCAGACUCUGCAGGCAAUGGCAUGGACAUUGUGGAUGAACCAGCUCUCACUGGUACUAUAACAGAAUCUUGUACUCCCAGAGGCCCAGGGAGUCAUAGCAAUGGUCUAAGGCAAUGUACGAUGGAAGUCAAUGUUCUCAACCGGAUGACGAGAUUCAGAUACGACACGGAACUCAAUAAUCGGAACAUCGGCAAAGAGGAACUGGUUUCAGUUAAGUUUAUAAAUAUACACACUGAGACCUACGUGAGGAUUCAUUGUAUCGACCCCAGCAAUAAGAAGGCCCAUCCUUACUGCUUAAUUGGAGACAAGUGUAAAAAUGGAGUAUAUUGUGAAAAAUUUACUCCUUCAGCUGAAAAUAAGUGUACAAUGUCCUGUAAAGCGACAAUCAAAAUUCCCAAAAGGGGAGAAUAUGAGGCAGAACUCACCAAAAGAAAGCAAUUAAUGGAAAAGCAUCUUGGCAUAUUUGGUGAAGAUAUGAAGAAAGUUGGAUACUGGAAUAUGAAUAAAAGUGUUAAGGAAUGUAAAUGUGUGGCAUUACUGGUGGAGGCCUUCUACAAAGAAGGGCAACAGAUGUUCAUGUUGCAGAAGGAGACAGAAGGAUUGUUGAAUGCUAAGGACGGGAGGAGUUUUAGUGUCUAUACCAUUCGUCCAUUUGCUCAUUACUGCACCGGAUCCAAAAGUCAGAAUGAGAACAUGCUGGUAAUCCUCACAGGAGAUUCUUUUAUACCCAAAGGAAUAGAAAUCAUAUUUGAAGAUAACGAAGGAUGGUGUGUCAGAACAGAAAAACCGACCAUAAUAAAAAAUGUACUGGAGGUCAAAAUACCACCAUAUAAAAACACAGAAAUAGAGGAGCCCAAAGUAGUGAAGAUUAUUGUCAGGUCGGACAGCAAAGUCAAUCUACAAACAAAACCUAUUGAAUUCAUGUAUAAACCAGAUGAGAGGACUGUUAUUGAAAGCAAGAAGAGAAAACGUACGGACUACAGCAACAUACCACAAGACAUUUUGUCGGAAACAGGUGCAAAUUUAGCGAAAAGCAGAAUGAAGUCGCAUCUGGAACAAAAAAAGAAAAAGACGAGUAGACCAAGUGCCACUAUAACAGCACCACAGCCCAGUGACGGAGAUCGUGUUCAGGAUCUUAUCAAUACAGCAGCAGCGUUUGAUCCUUCAGCAAGUCUAGAUUCUAAUUUUGACGUGUUUGCCAUAACAUCCACAGCGCCCUCUUUCCCUGCUGCCACGACCUCUUUCCCUGCUGUACUUGUGCCGUCUAACGUCCCCUUCACUUCUCCAACACAACCUGGUUUCAUGGAAUCCAUUGCCAAUCAGAGCAACGUGUCGUAUGGGAAUGAUUCUAACAUGAAUCAUCAGUCGACAUCAUCCAUGUACCAGAUGCCAAUUUCUUCCCCUCAGGCACAUCUCUCUAGUCCCGCCUCUCAAAUCCACAUGCCAGGUCAAUCCCCACAGAAUCUUUUUCCUUUGCAGUCACAACAAAAUGUGGCACCUCAUUCAGUAACUUCACCACAACCACCCCUAUCUCCAUUGAGUAACAUGGGGAAGUUUAAGACGGUAGCCAUUGCUGGUACAAAUCAAUGGCUUCUUAUUGAUCAGUUCGGAAAGCCUUUACUGGUUUUGGGUGGACAGAAUGAUGAGGUAUCUGCAGUCCAAGAGCUUCCUUCAUUGAAUCCAACAGACUACGUAAACGAUCCAUCUCAGAGUGACAUGCCUUCUACCUAUCUUUCAAUGGAUCAGUCAAGUGCUGCCAUGUUGUCUAUGAACGCACAUUCCACUACGCCAGACAAUGACUUGGAGGUGGAUGAUGCUGGCGAGAAUGCGGAUGCUGUUUCCACUUCUAAUGCCGAAACUGCUGAAUCAUCUGAGAAAGCAGAAUCUGAAAACUCGGCAAGCUCAUUGGCGGUAAUGGUAGGCGAGCAUGACAAGCUUCUGAUGGAGGAAGACGUGGAAGAGGCGACCCUGAGCAUGGACAAAAUGAGUCUAGAGCUUCAGGAGGGAAAUAACUAGAACCUGAAUAACCUCCAUUAUAAAGUGACCAAGCUGUCUUCUUAACAAAUAUGAAAUGGGAAUGCCAUGUUAAACUUUUCCCAUUUGUUGAAGAUCACAGUUUGUGGAGUGAACUAUGCACUCUCUGAAAAAGUGGGGAUAAAAAAAAUCUGUGAGAAACCCAUACAUUGGUAAGAUGCUGUUUGUUAAUGUCUACCGGAAAAUAAAAUGACUGGAAACUCCUGACGUAUUACUUGCAGUAUUUAUUAUUGAAAGGGCGUUCCUCCAGUGGUUACAUUAUCUGUCGGCUCCCUUGAGAAGUCUCGUCAAAUAAGAAAUGUUUACAAAUUUGCUCGAUUCAGCUGCUGCUAUCAUGCGAGUCACAAUGUAUGUUAUGCAGUUAAUGUGCUGUUUUAAAGCUGAUGUGGAUUUAAACAAGCUUUUCAACCUGUAUAAGUUAUUUAGAUAUACAUUUAUGUUCAUGCAGAAUGAAAGUUUUAGCAAAAUUAUAACAUAUUAUUAUACCCCCCGCAACAAGUUGUGUGGGGGGGGUGUACUGGAAUCGGGUUGUCCGUCUGUAGACGCAAUAGUUUCCGGGCUCUAAAGCAUUAUCCUUUCCACCUACCGUCACCAUAUCAUAUAUAUGGACUACCCAUGGGAUGAAGAUGUUCCCUAUCGAUUUUGGGGUCAAAAGGUCAAAGGUCAAGCACACUGGACAUCGAAGUAGCAAUAUGGUUUCCGGGCUCUAAAGCGUUAUCCUUUCCACCUACAGUCACCAUAUCAUACAUAUGGACUACCCAUGGGAUGAAGUUGUUCCCUAUCGAUUUUGGGGUCCAAAGGUCAAGCGCACUGGACAUCGAAGUAGCAAUAUGGUUUCCGGGCUGUAAAUCAUCCUUUCCACCUACAGUCACCAUAUCAUACAUAUGGACUACCCAUGGGAUGAAUAUGUUCCCUAUCGAUUUUGGGGUCAAAAGGUCAAAGGUCAAGCACACUGGACAUCGAAGUAGCAAUAUGGUUUCCGGGUUCUAAAGCGUUAUCCUUUCCACCUACAGUCACCAUAUCAUACAUAUGGACUACCCAUGGGAUGAAGAUGUUCCCUAUCGAUUUUGGGGUCCAAAGGUCACGUGCACUGGACAUCAAAGUAGCGAUAUGGUUUCCAUUUAAAUUCUUUAACGGCUUUUUUCAUGGCAUGGAGAUGCUGUGUUCCUAGAUACCUUUUGGAUCAUAAUACUGAAGUUUUACCUAUUACCAACACCCUUUGGGAGAUUGGGGUAAGCGGGGGGGUAUUCUUAGUGAGCAUUGCUCACAGUACCUCUUGUUCCUUAAUAUUUAUUGCUGAAAAUGUUACAUAUUUUGGUUGUCUGUGACAUCCUUGCAGUUAUUUAUGAUGAAAUAAUUUUUUAUUUUUUUUUUUGAAGAAUUGUUUGAUAUGCAGAUGGAAUAAUUCAUUUUUUGAAGAAUUGUUUGAUAUGCAUUGUGUGUGUGAAUUUCUGGCAUUAUGCCAUGAUUUAAGAGAAAUUAUUGUUGUACAUAUCCUAUUAUGUACGUUAUGGGGCAGAUAUAUCCUAUGAUUGUGUUACUUGUCGUCAUUAAAAAUUAAAUUGUGUGUAUUAAUUUUGUAAUAUCAAUAAUCAGAAGUGAUGUUUGUGCUUAAGACUUUGUCAAAUGCAUUUUUAAAAAAAUUUAUUCCCAAUUAAAUGACAUCAUUGCUGCAUUUUUUAGAUGAUGUUUUUGUAGAA